ACCUGUGUAUCAGUGCAACGCACUUGUUCCUGCAGCAACACGCGUCCUGCUGGUGCGUUACUUCGCCGGUGCUGCGCUUCUUGUUGGCUCUUGGAAAGUUAGGACUAGGACACGACCGACGAUGCAUUCAACGACGAUAACCACCGCCGUGGUUUUAGCAACGAUAUACGCAGCCUGUGCAGCGGAAGAGCACCACAAAAGAGCUCCUUCAGGCUUCACCGGCGUCCGAGGUAAAAAGUCGAUCCCGGAUUCAGCGUACUCAACCGGUAAUUCUGAAAGCGACUCGACGUCCGAACUCAAGGCUGUAGACCUCGUUUCCGACGUCGGAGCCGUCGACAAGAGAGCACCCUCCGGUUUUAUGGGCAUGAGAGGCAAGAAACCCUAUCCAGUAUGGGAAGGAACUUACCCGGAUGGAGUUUACAAGAGAGCACCCUCAGGAUUUAUGGGAAUGAGAGGCAAAAAAGACAUGGAAUUUACAAAUUACGCAGAUGAAUACAUUAAGCGAGCCCCGUCGGGUUUCAUGGGAAUGCGAGGCAAGAAAGAUUACGAAAGUUUGUCGAACCAAUAUGAAGGCUAUUUCGACAAAAGAGCCCCCAUGGGUUUCGUUGGAAUGAGAGGCAAGAAGGACUACGAUGAACUUGUAGAAGACAAAAGAGCUCCGUCUGGUUUUCUAGGAAUGAGAGGGAAGAAAAUGCCUCGGCAGUCUGGAUUUUUCGGUAUGAGAGGGAAAAAAUACCCAUACGAAUUCAGAGGCAAAUUCGUUGGAGUAAGGGGUAAAAAAGCUAACGAUGUCAGUGGAAGUGAAUACUACAACAACAUCGACUUGAACUCUUUAGGACAAGAUCUGGAUAUAAAUCAGCUGAUGUUACUUCUAACUGAAAGUGAUGGAGAGAGUGAUGUUUGGAAUGGAAACAAUGAAAUCGGCCAAUAUAGCCAAAAAUAAAUACUUUUAAGUUCACACAAGCAACUUCUAUUCGUCAAAUUCUAGUCAAUAUAACUAGUGUAAAAUAGAAAUAUUAUUAUUUGUCAAUAAUUACUUAAUUCAAACUGUUCCACAAACAUUGUUAAAAAUUUCCACUAUAAUGUAUAUUUGAUUAAUUCAGCUGUACAACAAUAUGACGGGUGAGUUUCAUAUAGAAUAUCAAAUGGCUGAGGCCAAAUCUGAACAUGAUUUAUUGAUGGUUUUCUUAAACUUGGCUUUACCAGUUGAUAUAUAGAUUUGAUUUUUCCUUAUAGGCUGGAUUUGGAAAAAUCAAUAAGUUAUUUUUUCAAUAAAAGACUUUAUUUUUGGGAAAUGACUUUGGACUUCAUUGCAAUAAUUAUUACUUAGUUUUAAUAAAUUAUAUGUACGAGUGUAAAACUGUUACAUAAGAACACAUAUCAAUGUACUUUUGUUUUAAUUCUAAACUUGUGUAAAGACUUUUUUGGGGAAUCAUGACGGAUUACUUAAGUGUAUAUUCAACUUCUAAUUGAUUCUAUUCUAAUUUAUUGUAGGUAGUAACAAAAUUAUAUUGAAUAAGUAUUAAUACAAUAGAGUAUAUUCUGUUAUGUAUAUUUACUGUGACUUAAAUAAAAUUA